UUAACUUCUGAGAAAUGGUUUUCAGUUGCUUCACAGAAAUACUUUCCUUGUCCCUCAAGGAACUACCUAGUUCAGCUAGCGGCGAUCAUCGAUAUACAGGCAAGAAUAAUGAUAUAACCCUAACCCUAGAGUUUGAAUCUUGAAUUCUGCAUGAAAAAAGUUGCCUUUCUUCUAAAGAAAUUAAGCUCUCUCCUCCAAUUUGAUCAUUAUAAUGGAGAACAACCAAGACAGGAAACGCCCAAUGGAUGACGAAGAGAGAAAGCAAGCGGACAGGAGCGUUCCCUUCUCUGAUCCUGAUCAAGUUCAUUCCGAUUUUGCUAUUGCAGUAGCUUUGCAAGAGCAGGAAAGGGCUGCUUUCAAUAUCCUAACAAGCAUCGGAAGUGCUAGUGAAGAGGAAAGUGAAGAAGAUUAUUCAAGCGAAGAAGAAAUCAAUGAAAAUGAUUAUGAAUUCUCUGAAAGUCAAGAAAUGGAUUUUCUUGAAGGACAAGAUAGCAACAGCGACAGCCAAGACAUGGAUGUAGAUGAAGAAGAAGAAGAUGAUAUCGAUCCCGACGAGCUAUCCUAUGAAGAACUGAUUGCUCUAGGGGAGUCUGUAGGAGAAGAAAGGAGAGGACUAACCUUGGAAGAAAUCAGCAAGUGCUUGCGUCCAUGCAAGAAUGAAUUUACAGAGAAGAGAUCAAGCGAGAUAGAUAGGUGUGUGAUUUGUCAAGUGGAAUAUGAAGAAGGUGAUGAAUCUUUGGUACUUCUUCCUUGUAGCCAUCCUUACCAUUCUGAAUGCAUAACCAAUUGGCUUCAAAUCAAGAAGAUUUGCCCAGUUUGCACCUCUGAAGUUUCUUCAUCCCAGAAUUAAUAUUUGUUAGGGAAGUUAUAAUUGUUUGAUUAACUUGACACAUGUUGUACAUUUCUAUCCCAUAAACAUUAAUUCAUUUGUAAUUAAUUUGAACUUACUAUUAUUUGCUUAUUUUUAAUAGGUUUGUCCAUUAUUUAAUUUGUUUGCUUCUCAUCAACUUCAUAUAUAUAAUUCUUUUGUGUUAGUUAAUA